AGGUUGAGCCAAGAUGGGCGCCUACAAGUACAUCCAGGAGCUGUGGCGGAAGAAGCAGUCGGACGUGAUGCGCUUCCUCCUGCGGGUGCGCUGCUGGCAGUACCGCCAGCUCUCGGCGCUGCACCGGGCCCCGCGCCCCACGCGGCCGGACAAGGCGCGCAGGCUGGGCUACAAGGCCAAGCAAGGUUACGUCAUCUACAGGAUUCGAGUUCGCCGGGGUGGCCGCAAACGCCCGGUCCCUAAGGGAGCCACCUACGGCAAGCCUGUCCACCACGGUGUGAACCAGCUCAAGUUCGCGCGGAGCCUCCAGUCCGUCGCUGAGGAACGAGCUGGCCGCCACUGCGGGGCCCUGAGGGUCCUGAAUUCUUACUGGGUGGGUGAAGAUUCCACGUACAAGUUCUUUGAGGUUAUCCUC